AUGAAAGAACUCAACAGCCGUCUUGCCCAUUACAUCGAAACAUCGAGAUAUAAUGAAUCUGAAAAUAAACGACUAAUGCAGGAACUUCAAAGAAUCAAGGAAAUAGUCGGCAAGGAGAACGACUCUAUCAAAAAUAUGUACGAAACUGAACUAAGGCAACUGAGGACUUUGCUCGACAAUUCCGAACAAGAAAAAAUGAAGCACAUAUUAACAACCCAGACCGAAAAAGAUUCCUUCAACGAACUUUUGGAAAUGUUAAAAGAAUUUGAAGAGUUGGAACGAGAGCUAAAAGAAAAAAUUGAAAGCAAAGAAAAUGACCUUUUAAAAUGCGAAAGCGAAGUUUCGAUGCUUAAAAGACAAAAUUCCAAACUUUUAAGUGAAAGACAACGCGAAAAAAACAAAAUUGAAAAAGUCAGAGCAGAUCUGGCUCGUGUAAAAGCCAAAGCAAUUCUCAAUGCUCAAAACAAUAAUCUAAAACGAGAACUAAGUGAACUGCAUUUAGAGUUUGACAAAAUGAUAAUCGAAAAAAAUACGGAAACUGAGGAAAUUAGAAAUGUUAUGGAAAAAACUCUUUUGAACUACAGACAAUAA